GGACAGGUUUUACUAUUAACUCAAGAUGGACGGUAAGGAAACAUCUACUCUGGAUAAAUCCAAAGAAAUCAACAGGACAUAUGUAGUCUCAACACCUACAAGCAAACCUCCUGAAGGAUCCAGUACCCACCGUCUCAUUCUGCAAAGAAGAAAAACAGCCAACAAAGACACAGUGAUCAGUGAUCACCCAGCAUCUGAGAACAGAGAGAAUCAAACCGACAAUCAUGGGAAAAGACUGACUUUACAGAAAAGAAACAAAGCAGGAUCUGUUGACAGAACCCCUCAUACAGAAGUGGGUCAAGAGAAACGUGCAUGGACGAGCUCAAAGGUCCUGUCAGAACCGAACACCCGAAUCCACCCUGGUUUAACUCCUCUGAGAUCUGCCAGUCUGAGAGAAAGAGGGCCGAAAAGCACCCCUAAAGACACAAUCAAACAAACAAACACAUCUGGAAACCCCACAGAUAAAGAAAAAGACGCAGCAGAUGACCAAGCUAAAAUGUUCUCAACCCCAACUGGAAAAACCAAGUUCGAGAAAAUCAGUUUGAAGAAAGAUGUCUUUGAAAGUUUUGCACAGAAAGGUGGAUUAAAACCUGCAAAAGGAAACACUGAUAAGCAAUCAAGCUCUGAAAACACCAGAACAGGCCCAUCUGGGGUCAACAAACAUUUCCCACAUUUCAGUCAGAACCAAAAAUCCACUCCACGCUCCGCUCCAGGCUCUACUCCAGGUAGAAAAACCGUACAAACCCAACUUUCUACACCAAGUGGAGGAUCAAACCUGAAAGCUAGACCUCCUGUGAGUGAAACUCUGGUCUCUACUGAAUCAGGCACCCAAGUUGCUGUUUUAUCAGCUGAAGAGUUGAAGAUGGAGAACAGUGCAGUUACUGUGGCAGUACGAGUCAGACCUUUUAGUACCAGAGAGAAAAAUGAAAAAGCGCAACAAGUGAUUUCUAUGGACAACCAGAAGACUGUGGUUCAGCAUCCAGACACUAAACAAAGCCACACGUUCACCUUCGACUUCUCCUUCUACUCAGUCGACGAAACGAACCCGAAUUUCGCCAGUCAGCAAACGAUUUAUAUCAAGUUGGCGAGGCCGCUGCUUGAACGAGCUUUUGAAGGGUUCAACACUUGCCUUUUUGCAUAUGGGCAAACGGGAUCGGGAAAGUCGUAUACUAUGAUGGGUUUUGGUGAAGAGCCUGGAGUUAUACCGAGAUUCUGUGAGGAACUUUUCCUCAGGAUGUCCAGUGCUGACAAAAAAGAGGUCACCUGUCACCUAGAGAUGAGCUACUUUGAGGUCUACAAUGAGAAGAUCCACGAUUUGCUUGUAGCAAAAGACGAGCUGAAUCAAAAGAAGAUGCCUCUGCGUGUUAGAGAACAUCCAGUCGAUGGACCGUAUGUUGCUGAUUUAUCUACAAAUGUGGUUAGCUCCUACGCUGAUAUUCAGACCUGGCUUAAGCUUGGAAAUAAACAGCGAGCUACUGCAGCUACUGGCAUGAAUGACAAAAGCUCCAGAUCUCAUUCUGUCUUUACUCUGGUUAUGACUCAGACGAAGACAGAAUUAGUGGAAGGAGAAGAACACGAUCAUAGAAUCAUCAGCAGGAUCAACCUGGUGGAUUUAGCAGGCAGCGAGCGCUGCACUACAGCUCAGACCAGCGGAGACCGUCUGAGGGAGGGAGCAAGCAUCAACAAGUCUUUGCUCACUUUGGGGAAGGUGAUUUCCUCGCUCUCCGAACAAGCUCAGAGCAGGAAAAAUGUCUUCAUCCCGUACAGAGAGUCGGUCCUGACAUGGUUACUAAAGGAAAGCCUGGGUGGAAACUCCAAGACGACAAUGAUAGCAACGCUUAGCCCGGCCACCAGCAACAUGGACGAGAGCCUGAGCACGCUGCGCUAUGCCCAACAGGCCCGUCUGAUCAUCAACGUGGCCAAGGUCAAUGAGGACACCAACGCCAAGCUGAUCCGAGAGCUGAAGGCAGAGGUGGAGAAGUUGAGGGCAGCCCAGAUGAGCUCUCAGGACAUCGACCCAGAGAAGAUGAGGCAGUUCCAGCAGGAAAUCACAGCCUUGAAGUCUCAGCUCUCUCAGCAGGAGAGAGAGAUGGCUGAGGUGCACAGAAAGUGGAAGGAGAAACUGGAGGAAGCUGAGAGGAGAAAACGUGAAGAGACCAAAGGGUUGCAGCGUGCUGGCAUCACAUUUAAAGUGGAUAAUCGUCUUCCCAACCUUGUGAACCUGAAUGAAGAUCCCCAGCUGUCAGAAAUGCUCCUGUAUAUGAUCAAGGAGGGACAGACCAAGGUCGGGAAGCUCAAGUCAGAGUCUGCUCACGACAUUCAGCUUUCUGGUGCUCUUAUUGCUGAUGAACACUGUGUCAUCUCUAAUAUAGCCGGCACAGUCAGCAUCACACCAAUGGAAAAUGCCAAGACCUUUGUAAAUGGAAACCUUGUGUCUGAAGCCACCACCCUCCACCACGGUGACCGGGUGAUCCUCGGAGGAGAUCACUACUUUCGCUUUAAUCACCCGGCUGAGGUGCAGAGUGGAAAGCGAGCGUCCUGCUGGAGCAACGGAGACGGCCAGAAGGACUUUGAGUUCGCCAAAAACGAGCUCCUCUCAGCCCAGAGAGCUCAACUAGAGGCGGAGAUUGAAGAUGCUCGCCUGAAAGCCAAAGCAGAGAUGAUGCAGGGGAUCCAGGUGGCAAAAGAAAUGGCACAGAAAGAAUUAUUUGAGCAGAAGCUGCAGUACGAGAACAGGAUCAAAACUCUAGAGAGAGAACUUGAGGAGAAGAAUGAGACCGAAAAAGUGCAGGACCUCGAGAGACAGCAGGUCGCAAGUAAGAUGGAGGAACUGCAGACCGCUAAGUCGAUGCUUGAGCGAGAAAUGAGCGUGCAUAAGAACCGCUUGCAUAUGGAGGCCCAGGCUGCCAGACAGGCUAUGGCUGAUAAUGAUAUUCGACAUGCAAAAAUUCUGGAAGCUCUGGAAGCAGAAAAGAGAAAAAUUGCAGAAGAUCUAGCUGAGAUUCAGAGGAGACGUGCUCUAAAGAUGAACCACACUCCCAAAACUGUUCCUCCACAGUGGGAUGCCAUGAAACUGUCACUGAUGAUCGAGGAAGCUAAUAAAAUCAGUACCAGAUUCAGAAAACACACCAUCUUCAGCAGACAUGACAUGGCAGAAGUAGAUAACUGUGGUGGAGAUCCUGAGAUACAGAUCCAAGUGCAAAACACAAAACUGGCUAUCUCUACCUUCUGGAGCCUGGAGAAGUUCCAGAGCAACCUGGCUGUCAUGAGGGAGCUUGAACUGGGAACUCGCACUUCUAAGGAUGACGACGAUGUGUUUUACAACCCCAACGAUCAGUGGGAGCCAGACAUACACUCAGCCUCCUCAACAUCAUCUUUUUCUCGCAGAAGGAGCAGGAGUGUGUUAAAGAGCAGGCGCAUUUCAGGGCGGCUGUAUGAAAUCAGAGUGCACCCCAUUCAGAGUUUAAACUGCACCUCUUCACAGCCUACUGGCCUAUUAAGCAUGAGCAAACCCCCUUCACUGAACUCCACCAACUCAGACUCUCCCUUGCCUGGCAUCUGCAAUAAUUUAAUAGCUGCCACGGUUUCCCGGUUACGUGCCAGUUCAUCAGCAGAGGAGAAUGAGAGCCUGGCAGAUAAACUCGUCCUGGAUCUUCUGUCCAUUUAUAACGCGACAAACUCUAUUGCAGGAGCGUAUGAGCAGCUGGAUGACAACAGCCAGGACAACUUGUUUGCAUGCAGCCAUGAAGCACAGGUUACGCUUGUGAAAGCCACCUCAGCUAUCGAGAGAGCCGUGUUCAUCACCCUGCACUGGGCUGCCAAUAUCAACUCCAACACUCACUCAGUCACCCAGACAGUGGAAGAGCUGAAGACUGAAGUAAAGAACAUGGGAGGCUUUUUUCAGCUACUUAUUCAGGGUUGUGAGUCCGAAAUCUCCUCUAUGGUGACUGAGGCCCAGAGGAAGGUGGGUCGGAGUACAGAUGCAGCUCUGAGUGCUAUUGGUCUGCUGGCAGCGAUGAACGGAACAUAUCUUCAUCUGACUGAACUGGGAUCGAACACCGUUGGCAAAAAGUCUGCAGUGUUGUGUGUGCUCGAGGGAAUGUGCAGAGGUGUUCGAGCUCUUCUGGAGGAAGGUCUCUCAAUCAGCAGAGAGAUGCUCAGACAUGCUCAGUUAGCUCAACCCGGAACUCAGAUUUUACAAGGCCUUAAAACUAAAACGCUCAAGAUAGCAAGCGCCUUUCAAAGCUACGUUCGCUGCAACAUGCUGGAGAAGCCUGAUUGUUUGCAGAAUGGAUCAGACGAUGCUGCUGCCUCACAGGUGGGACGUGUGAGAAAUACAGCCAUCAAACUCUAUCAAUUAAACCAUGCCCUCCAGCAGCUUCACUCAUCCCUGUCUCUCACUCUCAGAGGUAGAGGCAGUAACGUCGGUCUCAGGUCCUUCAGAGAAGAAAUCCAGUCUUUAUCCAAGACUAUUGGUGAUCUUGUACAUGGACUACCGAGACAGAGCAGUGCCAACCCUGCUGAUACUCUUCAGCUGCCCUGUUUGAGGAGCGUUAUGGCUUCCCGAGACGACUUGCACUCAGCCUUAUGCUCUCUGGCCGAGCUCUUCGACCAGAGUCAUGACGAGACGACAGAUUCCAGCUCUAACAGCGCAUUUUCAGACGGCGAGACCCAGGACGCAGCUCAUGGCAAUAAAGUGCGAACCGUAACUAAAGUGGUGUACUCGCUUUCUUCUGGGGUUAGCUCUUCCUCCAGGGACAUUCGCUGGGUUUGAGACGUCAUUCUUUCUUUAGACAUGCAUGUAUUUGCACUACCAAGAUGCACGUUUAAAUUCCCAGUGUGCACAUUUUCCUGUUUGUCAGGUACUGUAAGAUUGAAUAAAUAAAUAUAAUACCAUGGCUAGGUGUUGUUUACAGGUAAUAAUGCUUUGUGUGUGUAUGUGUGUGGAGGGAAGAUGAUAUACUGUAUAUUUUUUGCAGUUCGGGUGUAAUCUUGUUUAAGCAUUGAUUAUUGAUGAGGCUGUUCAGUUUUUUAUAUUCACCAAAAGUAUCAUAAUAGGAUGUGACUGGUACUAAAGGGCUAAUAAUGACAUGGGUAAUCAUGUACCAGAUCUUGCUACACUUUCUAUAGCCUUUUUAAUGCACUUUUGCAGCUUCCACAGCACUCCAUUUACAGAAAGCUUAUAACCCACAGUUUUUUAACUUAUCAUGUAAUAAUUUUUAA